GAACCAUUUUACGAAAAAGGCGAAGGAACAUUCCCUGCUAUGCGCUUCGUUCUUCUCUUCCAAUUCUGUCGGAUGCUGCCUGUAUGCACCACUGGAAUUUACGAUUCUGAAUUGAUCGGUUCUGUUUCGGGCGUCGAGGAGUGGGUACGAAUAUUGAUGGUACCUUACAACCCCACAGACGCAUCAGUCUUUUCCAUUUAUCUCGCAUCUUCAGCUCCACGGGUUUCGCGUCUACGCAGCUCUGGUUCUAGCUUGAUCAAUUCAACCACCGACUCCUUAUCUGAGGAAGUCCCCACCGGGUAGGAGUGGGACUUGAGGCGCA